GGUCUGGGAGCACUGAUUAGGGAUGCGAUCAAAGUACUUUGAAAAUGUUUGCUGUCGGUAGUGUAAACAGCUCAGCCCGACUAAGAUUAAAAUGUUGUAUUUGUGGACCAUCCUGCAUCUUUUCGUACAGGAAAAAGCAUUUAGUACGUGUUCUGAAUUUUGCUGCGCGCAUAAUUCGAAAUUUAACUUUGAUGAGAUCAGGGUAAUACUUUUCUCCAGUUCACCCAUUUUUUGCUGCAAGCUGUGAAACAGACAUGUCAGUCAAAUACACACAGAGAAAACAACACAUGUUGCAGAAUUAGCAGAAAUCCCUAAAGAAGUUGUGGGACUUCCAGUUGUGCAUCACCAUGGAUAUGUGUGUGAUUUACCAAAAGGUCACAGAUUUCCUAUGCCAAAGUUUCAUAAAGUUUUUGAAAUACUCUUGAAUGAUGGUAUAAUUUCUUUGAAGAAGCAGGUAAUAAAUCCGAAGCAAGUAUCAAGCAAUAUAGCAUGUUGUGUUCACACAGCAGAUUAUGUGGACAAAUUCUUUAAUGGAAGAACUACUGAAGAAGAACAAAGAGUCACUGGUUUCACUUGGAGUCCAGGGCUGGCAAGCCGAGUGAAAUAUGAAACCGGUGGCACACUUCUGGCUGCAGCUCUAGCUCUUGAGCGUGGUCUUGCUUGUAGCACAGCGGGAGGUACUCAUCAUGCUUUUCCUGACAGAGGCACUGGCUUCUGCCUGAUAAAUGAUUUGGCUGUCACUGCAAAAUGGUUUCUGGAUCAGCAGAGGAUAGCCAGAGUGCUAAUAGUAGACCUCGAUGUACAUCAGGGAGACGGCACAGCUUUUAUCUUUAGGAAUACAAAGGAUGUGUUUACAUUUUCAAUGCACUGCAAGAAGAAUUUUCCAUUUCGGAAGCAGAAGAGCGAUCUAGACAUCGAACUUGAUACAGGCACCAGUGAUGCUGAAUUUAUGAUGCAGCUUUGUGAAAGCCUUCCUUACCUGCUGAGUACAUUUAAACCAGACCUGGUUCUGUAUGAUGCAGGAGUAGAUCCCCACAAGGAUGAUGAAUUGGGAAAGCUGCAGCUCACAGACAAAGGAUUAUAUGAAAGAGACUUCUACGUAAUGGAUACAGUUAUAAAAAAGGGAAUACCAUGUGCCACUGUUAUUGGAGGCGGUUACUCAAGAAAUAUUGAUGUCCUUGCCAGAAGGCAUUCAAUUAUCCAUAGGGCUGCAACGUCUGUGUGGUUGUCAAAUUUGUUAUAGAUAUUUUGUAUUAUGUUCUAUUUUGUGUAUGAAUAAAGAGUUUUAAUUUUUGUAACAA